AUGUUCACGUCGAUGUUGAUCCUUUCAGAGACUCAAGCUUGUGGACAGGUUUCCGGCUCCCCAAGCACUCCAAGCAUUCCAAGCACUCCAAGCACUGCAAGGCCUCCAAGCACUCCAAGCACUCCAAGCACUGCAAGGCCUCCAAGCGCUCCAAGCCCCCCAAGCUCGCCAAAAUUGUGGCUCUAUCGACUGUGGAAUAGAUUUAUCACGAUGGCGGGAGAAAGUUUUGACAUGCAAGAAAGAGAAGAACUGGAUCCCUUGAUCGUGAACGGCGCUCCGGCCACAAUCACGGAAGCCCCAUUCAUGGCAUUUGCGUUCAUGCAAUUCAACGUUUUGGGCUAUCGCUCUAAUUCCUCUUGCAGUGCCUCCAUCUUGAAUGAACGAUGGAUCCUCACAGCUGCCCACUGCAUCAAUUCCUUUCCCCUACAGUUGCGCGGGGAGCUGGGCGUCCCAGAGGUCUCUCCCCCGCUGGCGAGGAACGCCGACGGCCCCGAAGAGGCUCCGGGCCGAAACUACACGCAGACCCUCGAAGACGCCCAGAAUUCCAUCCGAGUGCUUCGGAUAGAGAACGAGGACCUCAGGAAGGAGGUAGUGGACUUGAAAGGGGAGAUGCUCCGUCUUCAGGCCAACCGGAGUCGACAUCGCCAUUCCUCGCAUCACCGACCUCCGUCGAGGGAACGCCUCCCCGAGAUUCAGCCACGCCAUCCUCAUCAGAAUCUCUCUCAGCGACCUUCUUCCAGGCCUGUCCCCAGAAUCCCGCAGACGCCGGAACUGCCUUCCAUAGAUGGGAAACCGUUGAAGACGAAAACCCCGCCGAGUUCCCCUCAGGACCGAGGUUCGACGCGGUCCGCGAGCCGACUGGACCUGGACCUGCCGAAUCCGCUGGACGGUGAGGAACUGGGGAAGCCAAAAGAAAAGAGGAAGAAGCACGGCGAGCAGCUCGCUUCUUGACCCUCGAUCACUGUGAUCACUUGCCAUAGAAUAAAAGAAGCUACUUAUCGAG